AGUCUGAUGCUUUGUUCGCGAGGAGGUUAUCGGGAGGGGGUGAUUCCAGUCGUCGUGUCGGAAUAUUGGGACUCUUCGAAUAGCGGGAUGGCUUUCCUGGGGGGGCAUUCGAUUUACGACUCGGCUUUGCGGGUGGGCUUCUCGAUCGGCGAGAUGGUCGCCUGGGCAUGCUCAUGGAUGAUUGCUGUUGCUUUUGCUCUUGCUCACGCAUCCCGUUGUGACUGAAACCAAGGGAGUUGAACGACUCCGAUAGCUCUCGAUCCGAUUCGAAGGACKACAUUGAUAUCGACAUGGUCGUUGUAGUUCCGGUGCUGACAUCUCCCUCGGAUUCCAUCAUUUUGUCGAGAAAGAGGUUCGUGGCUCGCCGCCUCCGCUCCAUCGCGUCUUCGUUGCCCCAGGAUGCAUUUCCGGUGCCCGGGUCGUCGUUUCCGGCCCGACCUGAUCGCCCCGGUUCGCGGCCAGAGGAUCUGCCUCUGGUUCUGCUCGGCAGAGGAAGUUCCAAGCCGGAGAGACUGCUGUUGAACCGGUGAUCGAUUUUCUCCUUGAUCGAUUUCUUUCGCCCGUUUGUGCUGCGUCCCGUCGGCGAUUGUUUCCGCUGUGGCAUCUGCAGAAACAUGCUUGUGGUGCUGUUGCUCCGGCCCAGCGAGAAGCUGUUGCUGGUUCGCAGGCCCCGCUUGGUGCUCGGCAGCUUUCCCGAGAAGGACGAGGAUCGAACCUGUAGCUUCUCGCGCUCCCGUUCGUGCGCCAUCAGGUAUCUAUCGCUGUUGUCUCGCGCAAUGUAAUCCCAUCGGCACUUCGGCUUGAUGCUUUCGCGAGAAAAUUCCGUGAACGAGUGAUGCAGCUCUCGCACGCUGUGUUGCUCCGGCUUUGGGUUGUCCGGGACGAUGCUUAUCUCGCGUUGGUUGGUUUCAUCAUCUUCGAACAAUACGGACAGAAAGGAAGAGAGACUGGAUUCGCCCAGUGAAGAGAUCCCAGCUCGCAUCGCGUCGUUGAGGGGUUCGAUUUCUAUGGCAGAGUCCUCGACGAUCUCACAAUCACCGCUGUCGUGGCUUGGUUUCUCUGCAGCUGUGCUAUCGCCAUUUCUAUCCAGUGCAGGCACCGGCAAUUGGAUUUUGGAUCGAGGUGCUGGAAUGGGUGAGGCAGCCAUUAUGUGCU